UCAAACGUCAAAUUAACAUAUUUUAGGUUAUAAAAGAAACUGAAAAGAUAAAAAAGAUAAGAUUGUGUUAGAUAUUUUUAACAAAAACAAUGUUAUUCAUUUUAACGAUGAUCGCAAAAUGACUCAAGUAAUACCUAAAGUUAAACACAUAGCAGUAUUUUUGUUUGUUACUUUAACAGUAUUAUUUAUUUUAUUGAAAUUCCUACACGGAAUCGAAGUAAAUAGCUCGGAUGAGAAUAAAAACGAUGCAACUCGUGAUUUAAAAUUUCCUGAAGAUGUUCAACACGCUACAAUUAUGUUAAAUGAUGCUUAUCGAAAAAUUGAAGCCUUAGAAGAGAAAAUAAUUUCUUUAGAAGGAAGAGUACCUAAAACUUACCCAGAUGUUAGGUUUCUUAAUUACCUGCAAAGAAAGAGGAUUCUGAUAACAGGAGGAGCAGGUUUUGUAGGAUCUCAUUUAGUAGAUAAAUUAAUGCUGGAGGGUCAUGAAGUUAUAGUGGCUGAUAAUUUUUAUACGGGAAGGAAGCUUAAUGUGGAACAGUGGCUAGGUCAUGAAAAUUUUGAGCUUAUACAUCAUGAUAUUGUUAAUCCGUUGUAUAUAGAAGUAGAUGAAAUUUAUCAUUUGGCCAGCCCUGCAAGCCCGCCACAUUAUAUGCACAAUCCCGUAAAAACCAUCAAAACAAACACCUUAGGUACCAUAAAUGUCUUAGGACUUGCAAGAAGGCUCAAUGCUAAAGUUUUGAUAGCAAGUACUUCAGAGGUUUAUGGAGAUCCAGAUAUUCACCCCCAGCCUGAGACUUACUGGGGCCACGUUAAUCCAAUAGGACCAAGGGCGUGUUACGACGAAGGCAAAAGGGUUUCAGAAUCCUUAACGUACGCGUAUGCCAAACAGGAAAAUAUGCAAGUAAGGGUAGCUAGGAUUUUCAAUACGUACGGGCCAAAAAUGCACAUGAACGACGGAAGAGUCGUAUCGAAUUUUAUUUUGCAGGCCUUACAGGAAGACGUCAUAACUGUGUACGGAUCCGGCGAUCAAACCAGAUCAUUUCAGUACAUUUCUGAUUUGAUAGAAGGUCUGGUGAUGUUAAUGAAUUCCAAUUACUCGCAACCCGUCAAUUUGGGAAAUCCCAUAGAACAUACGAUAAAUGAAUUUGCGACGAUAAUAAAAACUCUAGUCGGUGGCAACAGCAAAGUUGUUCACGUCAGCGAAGUUGAAGAUGAUCCACAAAGACGAAGGCCUGAUAUCACUCGGGCCAAAAAAUAUUUAAAUUGGGAACCAAAGGUCGACCUUAACGAGGGUCUCGAAAAGACUGUUGAAUAUUUCAGACAAGAACUGAAAAAAUUCAAAUAUACUCCUAGAAACAAAUUUUUUAUAAGCAAUCGUCACCACCCUUAACCCGGAACGUAUUGCUCGAGGUGGUCUCGCACUUACGGCUAUACGGUGAGAUUGGAUUCGGAUGCGGCGGUGACUGCCGCACAGCGACCGCAAUUGUGAACCAACCUUUCGGAUUGAAAUGUGCGCGUGAUGUUUUUUAUGGCUGUUUUGUAUUAUAUUUUGUUGAAUAUAUGUGUAAUUUUUC